UUGAUGAUAGUGGGAAAUCAUGACUCAAAUAGUGUGACCGUGUGGAGGUCUCAGUGAUGUUUGUUUCUAUUAGUUGUGUUGUAUUUUUGUUAAAUUAUUUUUAUUUUCAAUAAUUCUAUUAUAAGUGCAUAUAGUGCAAUUAGCGGUAAUGGAGUGUCAUGUGAUGAAACGCGACAAUUGCUGGAUAAACGAGGUCAAAAAGGUUCUGAAACCGGUGGACUAUGUUCCGAAUCGGUACGGCGAUCGCUUCAUCCCGCGCCGAUAUGCGCAAACCAGUUCGAGCCGUUUCAAGGCGGAGUGCAAAGCCGAUAGAGGCACCGACGUGAUGCGUAUGAAGGAGCGGAAGGGCUACUGGAAGUCCCACUCGUUUGCCACGGUAUUUAACCAAAUGUUCAACCUCAGUCCGGCGGUGGAUCGGAUUCUUAACUUUAGCGACGCAACUAAUCAGGAAAUAUGCCAGCGUUUGGCUAUCCGUGAGCCGCUGCUGCUUCAGCGGGAACCGAUGUACAAGAAUGAGCACAAACUGGACUGGGGAUGUCGACCCCGCUCCAAGCCGCUUGCCUUCAUCGAGUCGGUGCACGAUCUGCCCAGGAUCAAGGUUGAGUACACCAACAUUAUCGACUGGUCGGCCAAAAACCAGAUUGCGGCUAUCUUCAGCAAGCGGCUGGUCGUCUGGACCCCAAACUCCGAUGUGACGUUCGCGUACUGUGCCUUAUAUACGACGGCGAUUGCGUUCAACCCGGCGGGCGAUGCGUUGGCGAUGGCCUCGUUCACCAUGUCGAGGCCGAUCCUGCGCCUUCUCAGCUGCCUACGACCGUAUGUCAAGGCCAACGUUCGGCACGUGAAGGUGUUUUCCCACAUUGAUACAGAUAUAAGCUGUUUGGCGUGGCACUCGGGCGGCCGAUACCUGGCAUGCGGUCUCGGCAACGGGAAAAUUAUGGUGAUCCGCACGCGCGAUUUCGAGUGCAUGCCGGGCCCGAUUUUACGGGUGCACUACUGCAGGAUCAUAAUGGUCAAAUUCAGUGCCACGUCCAAAUAUCUGGCCUCAACGGAUGAGUCCGGCCGAUUGUGCAUCUGGAGCUGGAAUGCCAACUGCGAGCUGAGCCCAUUGACGGCCUGGGUCAACAACGAUGGGAUGGCCUCGGUCUUCGAUUGGCACCCGUGGCGCGAAGAGGAGAUCAUUAUCGCUGAUACAGAGCCCGUUACGAUCGCAGUGUAUCACGUGGCCAGACGCCAGGUGCUCUCGUUUCAUCGCCGUCGCAAUGUGGACUGCCUUAUCACGGCACUGGCGUUCAACAAGAUUUCCGGCGAGCUGGUGGUUUCCUACGCGUAUCCUCCACGAACGGGUAAGGCACCCGAUAUGUUGGUGCUCGCAUCGAUGGAUCGCGUAGUGGAUGCCAUGGAGAAUCACGAUGACCAUGUUGCUCACCUUUUCUGGAGCCCCGACGGCAAGCAGCUAGCAAGUGCCGGGUGCGAUGAAAUGUUAACCAUUUGGAACUUCUUUGGCACCUCGCCCACCGGCCAGCAAAAGGGUGCGUCAUCGAGUCAUCCGUUGCAGGGGAAACGUAACAAGGAACCGAUGGAAGGCUUCGAUUAUAGCUUCCUCUUCAAACCAAUGCGCUAAACGUAACAACAAACGCCAACAACAACAUCAACAUCAUCCGUCCAUGUCGACUGGAAGGUACAAUCCGAACAACAAGAGGUUAGAGUAGUAAGGUGCUCCUGCAGGGGCCUCCCGGUUGUUUGUUUUUCCUAUGAGAUAUGACAUGCUACAAGAGGGAACCCGCCCAGAAGCACCUCCAGCAAGACACGAGUUUCCACGAGACGGGAGAGUCUUCAACACACACCGCUCCGUCCCGAACAACAGCAAUCACCAAACCUCCCUCCAAUAAACCCACCAACCAACAGCCUUCACCACUUUAGCCAUCAUUAGUGCACGACAGUCGAGCCCGACGCUGGACGUCGUCGAUGUCGUUGUCUUUGCCAAACCGCAAACAGAUACAUACCCUCGGCAGCGCGGUGGCAAGUCAUCAUCGAUAUUUUUAUGCACGGGAAAAUGAACCCAGAUAUAUGGAGCAAAAAAACAGAAGAAGGUAAUUAAAUUAAAAAGUAUAAAUUUUAAUUGAAAGCCACCCACGCGCGAAAGUGGUUGAAGUAUGGCACCUAUCCUUGUCAAGGCGAAGAAGCUUAGAGGAGCACCAGGAGAAGGAAAUUUACAUACAAAUGAUAUAAAGUUUGUUGGAUUUACAUAAA